UUCUUGUGACUUAACCCACCUUUGACAGCUAGAGAGCCUUCAGUCUUUCAAUCAGUAUGUUCGGUAGGAAGGAGUGGAGAUGUGUAAGUCGCGUGUGUAUGUGAUUUGUAAAUGGAAACUUCGACAGAAUCAUGCACUGUAAACAUUUUUGUUUAAAACGGACCGAAGACGAUGAAAACACCGUGUAUUUAAGGAGUAUACUUCACAAUGUUCAUUGUCGCUCUUAAUCUGGAAGAAAUCCGGUGUGCAACAAGUAAAACAAUUUUUACUUUCUUUACACUUAAUGUUUGAGAAGGGUAAGAGUUUACACUGAAACCUACAAUAUGGAUGGUAUUGUGGAAUACUUAAAAAGUCCAAGCUUGGUAGCAAAAAUUCAGUUGUAUUUUGGCGUGUUUCCGAAGAAAGUACUCCAUGACAAAUGCGAAUUAAACGGACUGACGAAGUCACUUAGCACCUUGCAAUCAAAAAGUGCAUGUAAUAUUCAUAAUAGAGUGGGAAACCAAUGUUCUGGUGUUGUUAGUAACGGCCGCUCUGAUUCAGAAGGCCUAAUAGGUACAGAAAGUAAACAAGACUGUCCGGAAACAGACGUGGAUGAUGAAACAGUUUCUUCGGAAUCUGAAACCGAAGCUAGUGAUUAUGUCGUUACUAAGUUUUUCUGGCAUUAUUUGUUCAUUGUUGGGACGGCAUUAGGUGAUGAAAUAUUUUAUGCCUCCUUUAUUCCCUUUUGGUUUUGGAACAUUGAUGGUGCUGUCGGGAGACGAGUUGUUUUAGUGUGGGCAAUUAUAAUGUAUAUUGGCCAAAGUAUUAAGGAUGUUGUUCGCUGGCCUCGUCCAUCAUUCCCGGCCAUCAGAUUGCAAAAAAAGUGGGCACAAGAAUAUGGAAUGCCAUCGACUCACGCAAUGGUUGGUGUUUCCAUACCAUUUUCUGUUAUCCUGUACACAGUGAACCGGUAUCAGUAUUCAGUCACUCUAGGACUCAUAGUUGCUGUCGUCUGGUGUACAGUUAUAUGUGUUAGCCGGCUGUACUUGGGAAUGCACUCCGUUCUAGAUAUUGUUGUCGGUCUUAUGUUAGCCAUAGCCUUGAUGUUUCCCGUAGUUCCCAUUGUGGACACGUUAGACCAUUAUCUUCUUACAAAUAAAUGGUCACCUGGAUUUGUCAUGCUGGUGUCCAUAUUGGUGAUGGUGUUUUAUCCAAGCAGUGACAGAUGGACACCAACUCGUGGUGAUACAACUAUUGUCGUAAGUGUUUCUACUGGAAUUCUGAUUGGAGCAUGGUUAAAUUAUCAGCUUGGCAAUCUGUAUGAAUCAUCUUUGUCACCUCCAUACACCAUCAUUUGGCCUUCAUAUGAGAUGUUGGGAUUGGCAACACUGAGAACUGCUAUUGGGUUUUGUUGCUUGAUAGCUACAAGAGCUGUGGGGAAAUCUGCUUCAUAUGCCACGGUCUGUGCCUUACUUCGCCUCAGUUCUAAAGAAAUCAGAGAAUCACAGUACAGCAUUGAAAAUAAGCAGAAGAUUAUUGUCGAAAUAAGUUAUAAAUAUAUCACUUACUUUUUGAUGGGAAUUAACACAGCAUAUUUGUUACCAAAUGUUUUUCGCUUGAUCGGAAUAGAAAGGCCAACAUUUUAUACAGAAAUAUAGAUUUUUCAUGUUCCUUUGUGUACAUCACAGAUCUCAAAAAUAAUCUUUUAUGCAUAUGAUAAUGUUUUGUUGUCUCUAUCAUUUCUGUAACAAGAUACAUAAAAUUCAGAUAUAUUUUUAAUCCUCAGAUUCUCUUUGAAUAAUAGUAAUCAUACUUGUUUUUUCCUUAAAAAUUUGCAUUGAAGACUGUAGAAACAAUUUUCUGUGAUUGGCACAGUUAGAUCUUCACAAUGUUUGUGAAAGGCUUUCCUUCUUUUAGUCUUUAUUGGCAGUUAGGAACUGUAAUCCUAGUCAUUAAAUUAUAGACAUAACAUAGCUCCAAAAAAUUCAAAUUUCUGUUAACAUACUGCCUGUAUGCCUGCUGUUUAAUCAACUGCUUAUUUAUUGGUGCAUUUAUCUGCCAUUUGUAAUGUUGUUUUUUUUU